AUGUCGGGUCAAAGCGGCCUCGAGCACCACGCCGCGACGCACCAGCAGCAAGAACCGGUGGCGGAGCCCAAGGCGCCCAAGAAGAAGAAGCUCGCGUGUGGUCGCUGCAACCGCAAGUUCAAGACGCACGCGUCGUUGAAGCGCCAUACGGAGACCUGCGAUGCUGCCACGCCCAAGCCAGUGACAGUCGAAGCGACCACGCCCAAGGUUGUCGCUGCCACCAAAGUCGAAGCUACCAAGGCACAUGAGCCGGCAAAGAUCGACACCGCCAAGCAUAUGGUUGCAGCGCCGGUGGCGAAGGGAGAGGCCGUCAAGGCCAAGAACACCGCCGUGCCCACCAAGUCGACAACAACCGCCCAUGUGGUGGAGGCAAUCAAGCCGAAAGAAGCUUCGGCUCUCUUGGCAGCGACACCAAAGGCUCAGGCGCUGAAGCAGUCGGUUGCGGCACCGGCACCUGCCCCGAAGAAGGUCACGCCCACGAAGUCCAAGGCGGCCCCGGUGGUUGCGCACAAAGCAGAGGCUCCCAAGCAAAAGGCCACCACCGCCGCCAAGACAACAUCCCCCAAACAACCCAAGAGCGCUGCUUCGGUUGCAAAGCCGACGGCGGCCGUUGAGAGCGCCGACUUCCUCUUGGACGCACCAGCGUCCCAUGACGCUGUCAGCUACCGGUACCUCCUCAACGUCGGCGUCAACCUCCACGCUGUGAACAACAUCGCGCCGAGCAGUGUGACGAGUAUUACCGCGGAGUCCAAGCCAAUGCAGCAAGAGUCGAGCGUUGCACUUAGCCCCGACUCGAACCACGACUACCUCCUCGAGUCCUCGGUGACGCACGAUGCGGUGGCGUAUCGCUACAGCCUUGGCCUCACGUCGCAGCCCGUGGAGUAG